CCCCCAUCUCUUUCUUGUUGCAUGCAAGAAAAUUUCAGUCCGCUGCUCUCCACCCCCUUCUCCCGGGUACAAGAAAUCCAGCCCCGCGCUCUCUCCUCUCUCUAUCUCUCUCUCGCGUCGUCCCCAUUGUUGUUGCAAACCCAAAGAUGAGAGACCGGAGGGGAGAAAGUUAAAGAAAUCGCCCACAUGCGCUGGAUCAGUCCACGGCUUGGGGAAAGGCAUCCAGAGAAGGUGGGAGCGGAGAGUUUGAAGUCUGCACCGGCGGGAAGAUGGCGGACUGGAGCUGAAAGUGUCGCUUGGGAAACUUGGGCGAUUCUUGCAUUUAUCGACGAGCCUCUCGACCCAGGCAGGACACAUGCAGGCCAAAAAACGCUACUUCAUCCUGCUCUCAGCCGGCUCCUGUCUCGCCCUGCUCUUUUAUUUCGGAGGCUUGCAGUUUAGGAGGAGAGGAGAGCCCAGCGGCCGCAAUGGCUUGCACCCCCCGAGCCCGGAGCAUUUCUGGCCCCGCUUCCCCGACGCCCUGCGCCCCUUCGUGGCCCGGGAUCCGGCGGAGAAGGAGGACCCCGGCGGCGCGCACGUUUCGGUGUCGCCCCGGCAGAAGCGAGACGCCAAUUCGAGCCUCUACAAAGGCAAGAAGUGCCGAAUGGAGUCCUGCUUCGACUUCACCCUUUGCAAGAAAAACGGCUUCAAAGUCUACGUGUACCCGCAGCAGAAAGGGGAGAAGAUCGCCGAAAGUUACCAAAACAUCCUGGCGGCCAUCGAGGGUUCCAGGUUCUACACCUCGGACCCCAGCCAGGCGUGCCUCUUUGUCCUGAGCCUGGACACUUUGGACCGAGACCAGUUGUCACCCCAGUACGUGCACAACCUGCGAUCCAAAGUGCAGAGCCUUCACUUGUGGAACAAUGGUAGGAAUCACUUGAUUUUUAAUUUAUAUUCCGGCACUUGGCCUGACUACACCGAGGACGUGGGCUUCGACAUCGGCCAGGCCAUGCUGGCCAAAGCCAGCAUCAGUACUGAAAACUUCCGACCCCAUUUUGAUGUGUCGAUUCCUCUCUUUUCUAAGGAGCACCCCAGGACAGGAGGGGAGAGGGGCUUUUUGAAGUUUAAUACCAUUCCUCCUCUCAGGAAGUACAUGCUGGUCUUCAAGGGGAAGAGGUACCUGACAGGGAUCGGGUCAGACACCAGGAAUGCCUUAUAUCACGUCCAUAACGGCGAGGACGUCUUGCUCCUCACCACCUGCAAGCAUGGCAAAGACUGGCAAAAGCACAAGGAUUCUCGCUGUGACAGAGACAACACUGAGUACGAGAAGUAUGAUUAUCGGGAAAUGCUGCACAAUGCCACUUUCUGUCUGGUUCCUCGAGGUCGCAGGCUUGGAUCCUUCAGGUUCCUGGAGGCUCUGCAGGCAGCCUGUGUCCCUGUGAUGCUUAGCAAUGGAUGGGAGUUGCCAUUCUCUGAAGUGAUUAAUUGGAACCAAGCUGCCGUCAUAGGCGAUGAGAGAUUGUUAUUACAGAUUCCUUCUACAAUCAGGUCUAUUCAUCAGGAUAAAAUCCUAGCACUUAGACAGCAGACACAAUUCUUGUGGGAGGCUUAUUUUUCUUCAGUUGAGAAGAUUGUAUUAACUACACUAGAGAUUAUUCAGGACAGAAUAUUCAAGCACAUAUCACGUAACAGUUUAAUAUGGAACAAACAUCCUGGAGGACUGUUCGUACUACCACAGUAUUCGUCUUACCUGGGAGAUUUCCCUUACUACUAUGCUAAUUUAGGUUUAAAGCCCCCCUCCAAAUUUACUGCAGUCAUCCAUGCUGUGACCCCCUUGGUCUCUCAGUCCCAACCAGUGUUGAAACUUCUUGUGGCUGCAGCCAAAUCUCAGUACUGUGCUCAGAUCAUAGUUCUAUGGAAUUGUGACAAGCCCCUACCAGCCAAACACCGCUGGCCUGCCACAGCUGUGCCUGUUAUUGUCAUCGAAGGAGAAAGCAAGGUGAUGAGUAGCCGUUUCCUGCCCUAUGACAACAUCGUCACAGAUGCAGUUCUCAGCCUGGACGAAGACACUGUGUUGUCCACCACAGAGGUGGAUUUCGCCUUCACAGUAUGGCAGAGCUUCCCUGAGAGGAUUGUGGGCUACCCUGCACGCAGCCAUUUCUGGGAUAACUCAAAGGAGCGAUGGGGAUACACAUCCAAGUGGACAAAUGACUAUUCCAUGGUGUUGACAGGAGCUGCUAUCUACCACAAAUAUUAUCACUACCUGUACACUCAUUACCUGCCAGCCAGCCUGAAGAACAUGGUGGACCAACUAGCCAACUGUGAGGACAUUCUCAUGAAUUUCCUGGUGUCUGCUGUGACAAAAUUGCCUCCAAUCAAAGUGACCCAGAAGAAACAGUAUAAGGAGACAAUGAUGGGACAGACUUCUCGGGCUUCCCGCUGGGCUGAUCCUGACCACUUUGCCCAGCGACAGAGCUGCAUGAACACGUUCGCCAGCUGGUUUGGCUACAUGCCGCUAAUCCACUCUCAGAUGAGGCUGGACCCUGUCCUCUUUAAAGACCAGGUCUCUAUUCUGAGGAAGAAAUACCGAGACAUUGAGCGACUUUGAGGAACCUGGCCAAGUGGGGGAGGGGAAAGGGAGAAGGGACUGGGGUCAAGCUGCUUUCUCUUCCCAGUGCAGAUCCACGCAGCAAUGGAGCCAAGAUUGUGCCAAGUAUCCAAAUAAACUUAAGUGAACAGAAUGUCAAAAAACAAACAAAAACAAGAACGCGAGGCCAACGAGAACUCAACUCCUGGCUCCUGAGACUGCAUGGGACUACUCCAAACUCACCUCACUGGCUUCUAUGUCCCAAGACUAGGAUGUGUACAGUUUAAUUAUGGAACAUUAAAUAAUUAUUUUUGAAAUGAUUGCUAUGCAGGUUUAAACUUUUUUAAUGAUCAAAACUAUUAAAAACAAGAGUUCUUUCUUUAAUCAAAA